CACCAGUUCCCUUUUCUUGUCACACAGCCUCUAGAGAUUAUAUAGCAGAAAUGGAAUGUGUUGGAGUCUCUAUGUUUCUGCUCAUGUUCACCAUAUUUCUAAUAAUUCCUGGUACGGACACUAAAUGCACUGAAUGUGUUUCACUGCAGCCCACACAGCAUGGAAAAGUGGGGGACUCGAUGCUCCUCAAAGUUGAGACUCAUUUUGAUGUCCAGAAUGUGACGUUCCAGGGGUCCUGGUACAAGAUUAAGCCUAAUAACACCCUUUUGGUCACUUUCGACAACAUCAAUGCCAUCCCAAAUCUGAGGCUAACGAACCGUCCGGCACUCAGUUUGCCUGAUGUCUCACUAAAAUUUGACCAUCUGGAUGAAGAGACACAGGGGGAAUAUGAGCUGCAGAUCAACAUCGUCUUCCCAGGAAUUCCCAGCCCAGUUGCUGCCACAAAAAGAGUGACAGUCACAGUCAGCGUGCCUGUGUCCAUCCCCGUUAUUAGUAAGACCCCAGAAUCAGAACUGGUGGAAGACAGGGACAAUGUGACGCUGACUUGUUCUGUUGAACAUGGGACAAAUGUUCAGUACAAAUGGCUAAAAAACAACAUGGUGGUUGGACCAAGUGAGCAGCAUACAUUCUCACAAGAUUAUGGGACACUUGAUAUAAAUCCUAUCAAGAAAGAAGACAUUGGUCAAUACAUUUGUGAGGCCCAAAACCACAUUAGCAGUAAGCUAAGCAAACCGGCUGAACUCAUUGUGUUCUAUGGGCCUUAUAACUUGGCAGUAAAUUCUGAACAAGGUCUGAAAACUGAAGGGGUGUUUAUGGUGAACCCGGAGGAACUGGUCUAUUUUGAGUGUAUUGCGGACUCCAACCCUCCCAACACCUGCGUCUGGAUCUCUAAGACAAAGAACAGCACAGAGGUUCUCAUGACUGGACCACGGUUUGAAGUGAAGCCGCAUGAAUUACCCCAGGGUAAAGAGUUCUUGUGCAGGGCAUUCAACAAUAUGACUAAGAAGCAGGACGAGACCAAGUUCACACUGGUGAUGUCCAGGAUUGGCAAAGGAAAAGCAAAAUAUAGCCAGGAAGGAAGUGCGUUGUCUCCAUUGACUUUCAUUACAAUCUCUUCAGUCGUCAUCAUAGUGUGUAUGAUGUUUGUGCUCCUAAGGAAGAGCUGCCAUCCAAGAAGAAGUAUGAUAUCAUUCUGCUUUGUGUGUUUGCCAUCUGUAUGCUAG